CUUGUAAAUUACUAAUUCUCUUUGGCCAAUCAUCAAUACUAAAACAAUCUAAAUCCUUGCUCAUAAGCUGCUGAAUCCCUGGACUAAUUCAGUUCACACUCUACACUAUCAAUCACCGAGUAGAGUAGAGGAGCGAAAUGGAGGCCGGAACGAGGAGCCAAAACUCGGCCACGGUCGAGAGCCCGCGCUCCGCGCCGCCGGUGCUGCCUUGGACGUUGCGGCUUCGGCUGUUCGCGUCCACCGCCGGCCUCGACCUCGCGGAGCGCCGCGACGGCACUGUCAACCGCUUCCUCCUCUCCCUGGCCGACAGGCAGUCGCCGGCCAGUCCGCGCCCGGACGCGCUCGGCGUCCGCUCCGCCGACGUCACCGUCGACGCAUCCCGCGACCUCUGGGCACGCGUCUUCUCCCCUGCAACGGAGGCGGCGGCCACGUCGACCCCGCUCCCCGUCCUCGUCUACGUCCACGGCGGUGGCUUCACGUUCCUCUCCGCCGCGUCCACGUCCGUCGACGGCAUGUGCCGCCGCUUCUGCCGUGGGCUGGGCGCCGUCGUCGUCUCCGUCACCUACCGCCUCGCGCCCGAGCACCGCUACCCCGCGGCCUACGACGACUGCGUGGACGUGCUCCGCUACCUCGGCGCCACCGGCCUCCCCGCCAACGUCGCGGCCCCGGUCGACCUCUCCCGCUGCUUCCUCGCCGGGGACAGCGCCGGCGGCAAUAUCGCCCACCACGUCGCCCACCGUUGGACGUCCUCCUCCAACAGCCCCAUCCGCCUCGCCGGCGUCAUCCUACUGCAGCCGUACUUCGGCGGCGAGGAGCGCACGGAGGCGGAGCUGAGGCUGGAGGGCGUGGCGCCGCUCGUGAACAUGCGCCGCUCCGACUGGUCGUGGAGGGCAUUCUUGCCGGAGGGGGCCGACCGGAAUCACCCGGCGGCGCAGGUGACGGGGGAGGCCGGCCCGGAGCCCGAGCUGGCGGAGGCGUUCCCGCCGGCGAUGGUGGUGGUCGGCGGGGUCGACCCACUGCAGGACUGGCAGCGGCGGUACGCCGCCAUGCUGCGGCGCAAGGGGAAGGCGGUGCGCCUGGUGGAGUUCCCGGACGCCUUCCACGCCUUCUACGGCUUCCCGGAGCUCCCCGACGCUGGCAGGGUCGUGGAGGAAAUUAAGGCGUUCAUUGAGAGCAACUCUUCCAUUCACUGCGACCCGGCUGCCCGAGACGAACUCGCAUUCCUCUAAGGUCGUAAGUGGUCUGCGUCACUGCGUGCGUGCCUCUGUGCAUCGAAGGAUUAUAUCGGUGAGGUUGAGAUGAGCAGCCGUGUUAUAUCGCUGAGACCGGGACAAUGAUAAACUGUUUAUUUUACAGUUUUUUUUUUGAUAAAGAGAACUUAUUUCCAUUAAAAGAAAUCACCAU